UGGGGCCAUAAAUAGAGGCACGUUGGGUUCGAUACGCAUGGAAGAGGACCAGCUCUCGUUUCGAACGCAGGAGAAAACAGGCUGGGGCCGAGACGCGCCAACCGCAGCAGCGCGGUAGCGGAUCAAGUUUUUGGCUCCGUGGUGAGGCCAUUGCAAGAAGCUGAAGCCAGAUUGGGACAAGCUGAUGGAUGAGUUCAAGGACCCCAUGCCGAAGCACCCCACCUCAUUCUUCUGACGAUAUCCAUUAUGUAUUCCUUCUUCGCCUUGUCAAAUCCGCUUCCACCGCUCCGAGGAUGAGAAGGGAGGAGGGCGAGUCCAGCCGCAUUUUGGAUAUCGAUACCAGACGUAUCGCUCAGUACGCAACAGCUGAUGUGUGAGUGCGACGGGCUGGUCCGCCCUUCUUCACGUAUCGCACAUUUGCUUGUCUUGUUGUGUUGCAGGGGGGCAGCUUGCGAUUCAAAAUGCACGCCUCACCUACAGGAUUCCACCACCUCGCUCGUGGCGGACGUCGACUGCACCGCCGAGGGCAAGGAGUUGUGCACAAAGCACAACAUCCGUGGCUAUCCCACGAUCAUGUAUGGGGAUCCAGACGACCUUCAGAACUACAAGGGCGGUCGUACGUUCGACGACCUUAAGAAGUUUGCCGAAGAGAACCUCGGUCCCCAGUGUGGCCCAACAAAUCUGGACUUGUGCAGCGCUGACGUGAAAGAGAAACUGGAGAAGUUCAUGGCGAUGUCAGCAGGCAAGCUGGAGGGCAAGGUAAGAAACGCACUGAAGAUCGUGGCGGAGGACGUGCCUUUGAUGAAGAAGGUGCUGGCAUUCAUGCAGAAGGACGGCGGUGGCAAGACGGAGCUCUAAGGCUCCAGUCCUGGGGCCACUGGCCCAUUCAAGUUUUGCCGGCUCGCGCUCGCGAACAGGCUACGCACCCUCGCCAGCAUCGCAGCGGAGGCGGCCAUGCGAGCUGGUGGAUGCAAUUUCCAGCGCGCGCGGCGCACCCACUCAUGACACCAGGCGUACUGGCUGUUUUGCGCACACGCGUGCGCGAGCGGACAACUCGGCACGGUGGAAAUGUGGGGCGCUGCUUGGCGCAGGCGCUGGUAGCUGUAGGCUUGCAUAGGACGUCGUCGCUCCAGGGUCGAGCGAACGAGCCCUCCGCUGCAACUUUCACCUCGCCCCUCGCACACCCCGCGAUUAGCAGGGUUCCCAACCGCAGCCAUCAUCGCGAUUACUGAUACUGAUCCCUCGCCUCAUAGCUCCUCCCCUCCCUCCUCCCCGCCCGUCCCCUCUCCCUCCCCGUCGUCCUGUUCUCCCUCCUGGGAGAGCGGAGGCCAUGUCAGCGGGAGGAAGUUGCGGGUGUCGGGACCAGCCGUCCGGUGGAGCAGGAUCCUGGGUUGUGCCGGAAUGGCGGCCGUUUGGAACGGGUGCGCGAGCUCGUUUUCGGGGCCCCGCCGCACACGAGAUCCCGGUCCUUCUCUUCUCGGAGGGCUUGUCACCCCCAGCGCGCGCUCGCAGCCGGUGCCGGGAGCCCGCCGCGAGGGUUCCUCGGAGCGCGUCGGGGGGGCCACGGCAAGCCAAAGCCAGACCGCGA